UAUGGAUCUUUGUGUUUUUGGUGUCGAUGAUGGCUAUGCUGAAGCUAUCAUAAGAGGACUUAGAGCUAGUUUUUUGAGUGAAGCUCAGUAUUAAUAAAUGAAAAAUUGUGCUUCAAUCCCAGAAUUGAAAUCAUUUUUAGAAGAAACUGAUUAUCAAGUAUUUAGAUAUAUGAAAAAUAGAAUUGUUUAUAAGCUGACAAUCCUUAGAUACCAACUUCAAUAUUGAGAUAGAGAUUGAAGAAAAAAUUAGCUGAUGAAUUUGAAUACAUAGAAGCAUAAUCAACAGGAACUCUAACUAAGUAUUUGUUCCAUUUAAGGUAUUCAAUAGAAAUUAAAUGAUAGAUGUCGCUUCAUGAUUGAUAAUGUAGUAAAUAUGAUAGAGGGAUUAAAGAAUAAAAUUGAUAUUGAAAUACUUUUGAGCAAUAUAGAUCCAUUAGGUUGGUUUCCUGAAAUUAAAAAUAUUAAGGUGUUAGAGGGAGAUGAUUAUAGUAGUUUAUAUAGAGAUGUUUUGAUUGAUACACCAAUAGGAGUGUAUUUUAUGAAAUUUUUAGAAGAAUCGAUUGAAAAUUUACAUGAAAAUAGGACAUUGAAUGAUAUCUAGAAUUUGUUUAGGGAAAUGAAACCAGAAUAUAUUAGAACAUCUUUAAAGAAAAUGUGGUUAGAAGAUUUUUACUCUUUCUGUGAAUCUGAAGUAUUGCAAAAGGAAUAUUAUAAUAGUUAAUGGCAACUUCUUAAGAAGUAUUAUUAGAAUUAUUGAAAUUUGAAGCAGAUUUUAAAACAAUACAAGUGAUUUAUAAUUCGAUUGGAAAUAGAGAUCUAAAUACAGCUGCUAAGAUUAUUACUACAAGAAAAUAAUUAUGUCCAACAAUAGGUAAUUUAUAUCCUGAUUGCGAAAAGUUAUAUUUAUAAGCAAUGACUUUGGAUACUUUAAGAGAAGCAGUUAAAGGUUGUGAUAAUUAUAGAGAUCUAUUAAAGGAUGCACCUGAUCCUUUAAAAAGAGAAGAGUUUAAUGUUUAAACAAAGUAUUUUUAAUAUUAAAUAAGAACCCUUGAUGAUAUUAUGUAUGAUGAUGAAUGCAGACGAUAUGCUUUAGCUUUUGAUGGAUAAGGAUCAUAUGGAGUAUUUUAAUGUAUAAUUAAAAGGUGUUUUAUGCAUAUUUAAAAUUGAAAGAAUAAGAAAUCAGAAAUAUUAUUUGGUUAGCUGAAAUGAUUUCAAGAAAAUUAGCUAAAAACCAUCCUGGAUGGAAAAAAAUAAUAAUUCCAUUUAGUCAUUUAGGAAAAUGAG